AUGUCGAAACACUUCUACGAUGAAGCCGAAGACCUCGUUCUCGAUGCCCUCGAGAGCUUGGUGUUGCAAAGUUCUGGCCUGACCUUGGACAAGUCAAAGAAGACACUCUGGCUCACAAAAAAUGACCCUAAACACGUCUCCCUCCUCUCAGGAGGCGGCGCAGGCCACGAGCCCGCCCACGCAGGCUUCGUCGGCGACGGCAUGCUCACGGCCGCCGUCUCGGGCUCCAUCUUUGCCUCCCCCAGCGUCGCGCAGAUCCUCUCGGGCAUCAGCCGCGUAGCCAGCCCCGCCGGCAUUCUCCUCAUUAUCAAGAACUACACCGGCGACGUCUUCCACUUCCACCUCGCGGCUGAGAAGGCCAAAGCCCAGCUCGGCGUGCCCGUCGAGGUUCUCAUUGUGGGCGACGACGUCUCCGUCGGCCGCAAGAAGAGCGGCAAGGUCGGGCGGCGCGGGUUGGCUGGCACCGUGCUCGUGCAUAAGAUCUUGGGGGCAUACAAGGAGACGGGCGCUUCGCUGGCGGAUGUGGUCAAGUUGGGCAAGACGGUGACGGAGGGCUUGGUGACUGUUGGCGCGUCGUUGGAGCAUGUUCAUAUUCCUGGUCGGGAGGCUGCUGCGGCGCCGGCUGAGGACCAGGUUGAGUUGGGCAUGGGUAUUCAUAAUGAGCCUGGGUGUCAGGUGUUGAAGCCAAGGCCGCAGCUUUCCCAGCUCAUUGAUGCCAUGCUUACACAGCUUCUCGAUACCAACGAUUCGGACAGGGCAUACGUCGAUUUCUCUGACGCUAAGGACGUCGUUCUUUUGGUGAACAACCUGGGUGGUGUCUCGCCACUUGAAUUCGGUGGUAUCACGGCAAAGGUCACGAAUGCUCUGAGUGGCCGUGGAAUCAAGCUCGCCCGCGUCAUCUCCGGCACUUACAUGACAAGUCUUAACGGACCCGGCUUCAGCAUCACUCUGCUCAAGGCCAACCCCGAAAUUCUGAAGCAUAUUGACGCCAGCACAAAUGCCAUCGGCUGGGCCUACUCGCCACGCGAUGAGACCAGCGGAGACGUGAAGCAGCGUCUUGCUGAGAGCAGCGACUCAGGACACGAUUCUCAGGAUGCCACCAAGAGCGGCGUGCAACAAACUUUCAAAAAGGUCGUUUCCGAGGCCGCAAAGAGAAUCAAUACCGCCGAACCCCAAAUCACAGCCCACGAUACCCAAGUAGGCGACGGCGACUGCGGCGUGACCCUUGCCCGCGGCGCAAAAGCCGUCCAAAAGUACGCCGACUCGUCCUCCGUCAGCGACGACGCCGUCCGCACGGCCAUCGACCUCACCAACGUCAUCGAAGAUAACAUGGACGGCACCUCGGGCGCCAUCUACAGCAUCUUCUUCGCGGCGCUGGCCUCGGAGCUGCGCAAGGCCAGCGCGGGCGUGCUCGACCUGCAGGCGUGGACAAAGGUUGCCAUCGGGGCCCUGGAAACGCUGCAGCAGGCUACGCCGGCUAGGCAAGGGGACCGGACGCUGAUUGAUGCGCUGGAGCCGUUUGUGAGGACGUUGGAGAGCUCGGGGAGCGUGGGCGAUGCGGUUGAGGCUGCGAGGAAGGGGGUUGAGGCUACCAAGGGUAUGGCGGCUUCUCUGGGUAGGGCGGUUUACGUUGAAGAGUCUGCUUGGGGCAAGGUGCCGGACCCGGGUGCUGAAGGCGUCUUGGCUAUUCUCGAGGGCCUCCAAGCGGCUAUUCAGUAG